ACAGAGCUGUCAACUUGCAACUUGACCCGGAGGAGAAGCAGCAGCUCGAUCGGCCAUUUUGGGAAAGAAGGGGCUUUUCUUUCACCACGUGAGAGGGGUGGAGGGGUGUCCGAAAAGGGCAACAGAGCCAAGCUGAGUAAGGGGGGGCAAAACUCGAUCAGGGAGACACGACUAGCUUCCGAGCCCGACACUCAUUUCACAUGUGCUGAAAAACCUGAAGGAAAUACUGUUCAGCGAUGCCGACUGUAACCUUACCGCCGAAGGAAAACGCUCUCUUCAAGAGAAUUCUGAGAUGCUAUGAGCACAAGCAGUACAGAAAUGGGCUGAAGUUCUGCAAGCAGAUUUUGUCCAACCCCAAGUUUUCUGAGCAUGGAGAGACGUUGGCGAUGAAGGGGCUGACACUCAACUGCUUGGGGAAGAAAGAAGAGGCAUACGAACUUGUCCGUCGAGGGUUAAGAAACGACCUCAAGAGCCAUGUCUGCUGGCACGUGUACGGUUUGCUUCAGCGCUCGGAUAAAAAGUACGACGAGGCCAUUAAGUGCUAUAGGAACGCUCUGAAAUGGGACAAAGACAACCUGCAGAUCCUGAGAGAUCUUUCUCUGCUGCAGAUCCAAAUGAGGGACCUAGAGGGCUACAGGGAGACCCGGUACCAGCUGCUGCAGUUACGACCUGCCCAGCGGGCAUCCUGGAUUGGUUAUGCCAUUGCAUACCACCUACUGGAGGACUACGAGAUGGCUGCCAAGAUUAUUGAAGAGUUUCGGAAAACACAGCAGACUUCUCCAGAUAAAGUGGAUUAUGAGUACAGUGAGCUGCUCCUGUAUCAGAAUCAGGUGCUGAGAGAGGCUGGACUCCUCAAAGAGGCUCUGGAGCACCUCACUACCUAUGAGAAACAGAUCUGUGACAAGCUGGCUGUGGAAGAGACGAGAGGGGAGCUGCUGCUGAGCCUGGGCCGCUUCGAGGAGGCAGGAGACGUCUACAAAAGACUACAAGAGAGAAACCCCGAGAACUGGUCUUAUUACCAUGGCCUGGAAAAAGCCCUCAAACCUGCCACGACAGAGGAGAAGCUGAAAAUCUAUGAGGAGGCCUGGGUGAAGUUCCCGAAAGGCUUGGUGCCUCGCAGGCUACCGCUCAACUUCCUGUCUGGUGAGAAGUUUCGGGAGUGUCUGGAUAAGUAUUUAAGAAUGAACUUUAGCAAAGGCUGUCCUCCAGUCUUCACAACACUCAAACCCCUGUACCAAGACAAAGACAAGGUGGCAAUAAUUGAAGAAUUAGUAGUAGGUUUUGAAACGUCUUUAAACAGCUGCCGAAUGUUCAAUCAAAAUGAUGAUGGAAAGGAGGAGCCGCCCACCACGUUACUCUGGGUGCAGUACUUCCUGGCACAGCACUACGAUCAGAUUGGGCAGCAGACGCUUGCACUAGAGUACAUCAACGCCGCAAUAGAGAGCACGCCAACGCUCAUCGAGCUCUUCCUAGUCAAAGCCAAGAUAUAUAAGCAUGCUGGGAACAUCCGGGAAGCAGCCCGCUGGAUGGAUGAGGCUCAGGCUCUGGACACUGCUGACCGCUUCAUUAAUUCCAAAUGUGCCAAGUACUUGCUGAAAGCAGGCCUGGUCAAAGAAGCAGAGGAGAUGUGCUCAAAGUUCACACGGGAAGGAGCGUCGGCGGUAGAGAAUCUGAACGAGAUGCAGUGUAUGUGGUUUCAGACAGAGUGUGCACUGGCAUAUAAAUCUAUGAAGAAGUAUGGAGAUGCACUCAAAAAAUGCCACGAGAUCGAGAGGCACUUUGUGGAAAUAACGGACGAUCAGUUUGACUUCCAUACGUACUGCAUGCGGAAGAUGACGCUGCGCUCAUAUGUAGACCUAUUAAAGCUGGAGGACGUUCUGCGCAUGCACCCCUUCUACUACAAAGCUGCAAGCACCGCCAUCCAAAUCUACCUCAACCUGCAUGAUAACCCUCUCACCGACGACAACAAGGAGCUCCAGGCUGAUACCGGGAACCUUUCGGACAAAGAGCUGAAGAAGCUGCGGAACAAGCAGCGACGAGCACAGAAGAAAGCUCAGCUGGAGGAAGAGAAGAAGAAUGCUGAAAAAGAGAAGCAGCUCAAGAACCAGAAGAAGAAGAAAGAGGAUGAUGACGAAGAGAUCGGCGGCCCCAAAGAGGAACUUAUACCAGAAAAGCUGGCUAAGGUGGAAAACCCAUUAGAUGAGGCUGUGAAGUUCCUGAUUCCUUUAAAAAACCUGGUAAAGAACAAAAUUGAGACUCACCUCCUGGCCUUUGAGAUCUACUUCAGAAAAGACAAGUUCUUGUUAAUGCUGCAGUCAGUGAAGAGGGCUUAUGCUAUAGACCCAGAUCACCCCUGGCUCCACCAGUGUCUAGUGCGCUUCUUCAAAAGAGUAUCGGAGGCUAAAGACGUGGCAGAUCCAGUCCGCACAGUCGUCAAGCAGGAAAUCUCUCGGUUGUUCGGUGACAGCAAUGCCAAGAGCUUCAACCAGGCCUUCCUCAGCAAGCACUCGAACUCAAUCCCUCACCGAUUAGCAGCUGCCAGAAGCAUGUUCUACUUGGACCCUUCGACACAGAAGAAGGCAGUGGAGCUUGCUGCAGCCCUGGACGAAUCGCUUAAUAACAGAAACAUUCAGAUCUGCACAGAGGUGUUGGAGAGCCUGCGCGACGGCAACCUCGGCGACGCCACGGAGACGGCCGAGUCAUACCGGGCCGAGUGUCACAAGAUCUACCCGUACACGCUGGCCUUCAUGCCUCCCGGCUACGAGGAAAACACGAAGAUCGCCGUGAACGGGGACCUCUCCACGGAAACCGAGGAGCUAGCCAAUGACAUGUGAACACCUGAAAGGGGGUGGGGCUAAGGGAGGAGGGGGCGUAGUAGAAGGAGGGGUGAUGGCGCCAUUUUUCAAACACCCAAGAUGACCUGUUGCUGAACUUCCCACGUCCUCUCCAUCCCCUGAAAUCGGGAUCAGGACCGAGAGGCGACGAGGGCGUCUGCAGAGAGGAGGACAAGAGGGGAGGGGGGGGAGGAGAAAAGGAGGAGGAAGAAAUAAAAUGGCCAUUUUACUUUUUUAACCUUGCUGAUGACUACUCUCUAACUGAAAACUAGACGACACGCAAAAACGCCAUGUUGUGAACUGUGUCUGAAGGCAGCGAGCUACAAAAUGUGGGUUAAUUAACUGUGCAAAAACAAAAGGCAAAUCCCAUAGUCAACCACCCGAGCUCACUCAAACCCAUCUUUCGCCUCUGUUUUAAAGAGUAAUUUAUAUGAAAAAUAAAAACGGCAUAAAACGAGUUUUGGAGCGCGGAGUUGGUUUUGUGUUGGUGUGAAAUGGCACUGAGGAGUCUGUUGUAAUAAAGAAUGAGAGUGACGAGGGGCUGGGUUAUAACCAAGGGGGCGGAGUCUGAGUAUGCUGCUUUUUUUUUUUCCUUUUUUUUAAUUUUUAAAUUUUUUUUUUUUUUAAUUAAUGCUGAGGAGACUCGUGUCAUCUUUUUAUAUUUCACCAUCACUUAGGUUUGACUAAGGGGAGCUAAUUUGAAGGUGGUUUCUCAGACCUCAAAAUCAGAGUCUCACUCAGCAAGUGCUCCCUUUUAUUCAUUUAACGCAGUUAGAACAGCAGUGGUGAUAGAGCGUAAUCAGCAACCUUGUGAAAUCUUAAAGGUAAAUCUGCUCUCUUCUCUUGCUUUUGAUCACUCUCCUUAAAGGGAUAUUCCAGCAUUUUCAACCCAUCUACCGCAUCAGUAGAGCAUCUUCGAUUACCAUGGACAAGAAUUUUGGCGUUUUUCUCUGCAGAAUGGAAAACCUGUUGACUCUAAACUCAAGUCUAUGGGCAGUUGUUAAAUUCCAUCAGUAAUUCAGAGGUGCCAGUAUUUAUAGUUUAGCCAUAGCGUUUGUGAUCUUGGAUCUUCCUCGUGGAAAAACUAUAUACCCCUCUCCAACUAAAGCAGCAUUUGGACAAAACGUAUAAAAUUCACCCGUUGAUGAAGACCAUUCACGGAAGGGGCGAAAGGAUGCAGCAGUUACUUUGUGCCCCCUUUUCUACACUUUUUGACUUGUGAAUUCAUGAGCCAACAACCAAGUACGCAGGACUGUAGUUUCUUCGGUCAUUAAAAUUAAUGGAGGAGCUGCUUAUUAUUAAGUAGCUACACACCAGAAUUUUGCCGUGCUGCUUUCUUCUGGUUGCUUUGUACACAUUUGAGAGAUAGAUGGAUAUAAAUAAUUAGCGCUCUCAUCCACUGACCAGUGUUUGCUAUGUGACCUGAGAAAAGUUCAUUCAAAACGAGCACUUUUACACUUGACAGACAAGAAAUUAUUUCCAACAUUGGAGCAAUAUGAUGUCAUUUUGCUUGCUUUUUUUUUUUUUUUUUUCCUGAAGGUUUUGUGUAAUUAGUGUGGUCAAAACCAUUUAUGUGGGGUUGUGGGAACAUCUAGCCACGUGUACUACAAUUUCUACAAAUAAAGCUAGAAUUUGGACAAUUGUACAAAAUUUGAGCUUUAACGUAUAUAUUAAUUUGACUGAAGAAUUCAUGAAGGCGUUUAAUAUAAUUCAGCAGCUGCUCCUAGUCUUUUCAUUACAAGUGAGGUUCAGAGAAACUGAUUGAAAUUCUUGUCUGUGAUAAUCACACACACGAACGGUACUGGAGUAUUCCUUUAACACACUGUUUUGCCCCUACUUCAUUUUCAAUGUGGAAUGAUGAGUUUGUUGUAUGAUAAUGAAUUUUUUUGUAAUAAAACGACACAGCGAAUGGAAAAACCAUAAA